AUGACGAGCGAUAAUACAAACUCCUUUUCCUACGAUGGAGGAGAAGGAGGGAAAAAAAAGAAAGGAGACCACGAAGGCGAAGAAGAAAUCGUUGCGCUCGUCAGAGAGUCCGCGGAGAAGUGCAAAAAGUGCGAACGGAAUAUCCUCUCAAACAUCGACGCGUUCAACUCGAAAUUUUUGACGACACCGAAGACAAAAACAACAACGGUCUCGUCCGAGGAAGAAGAAGAAGAAGGAGAAGAGGGAGAAGCUGCUUUGCAACGCGCUCGGAAAUACGUGCAGGCUUUGAAAGGAAUGGUUCAAGAUUUAGAAUCUGUGGCGGAAGACGUGCUGAUGAACGUGGAAACGAAUUUUAGCAGCAGCAGGAGGAGGAGUACGACGACGACAGACGGUUUCGAUGAAAACAACGACUGCGAGGAGAAGAUCAGAAACAUCGUGCGAGAGCGAAAGUUUGCCAUGAAAAGAGUCCAAAGCUUAUUUCGCGAAGCGCAAGCGAAGAAACAACGGAGAGACGUGGAAGAGGAAACGAAAAAGCGGGACGAGUUGUUGCUUCGUAAACAAAAGCGCCGACAAUUACGGGCGGGAGAACUUCCCGAUAGCGAAGAAACGUCCGUCCAAGCGGCGAAGGACUCCACGGACGCGUUACGCAGAGCGAGACAAAUGAUGCACCAAGAACUCGAGAAAGGGGAAACAACGCUCAUGCAAAUGACCGAGAGUAGUAACACGAUGAAAAAAACAGACUUGGAAUACGAUACGCACUCGGGUACGUUGAAAGAUGGAUCGCAACUCAUUCAGACGUUGGAAAAGCAGGCGAAGAAGGAACGAAUCGUUUUAUGGCUCGGCUUUUUCUGUUUCGUGACGGCGUGUUUGCACGUGGUUCUAAAGCGAACGCCAGUUCUAGCGCGAUUCCACCCGCGACUGUAUUUCUCGAAGACCAAGAAUAACGAUACUAAUCAUCAUCACAAAAAGAUUGAUAUCGAUGAGAAAAAAAGUCAUCAUCAAAGCGAGAGCGAGAGCGGAAAAAAUCCGCCGCCGCCGAGACGCGAAGAGUACGCGUAUAAACCGACAAUGAACGACGACGAGUAUAACCAAAACGCCGAGCUUUAG